ACCAAAAUUGGAAACCGUGCAAUCGUGAUAUCGUGUCUCAGUGAAUUUGCGUAUUAUAGACAUUAGAAGCAACGCAAUGCUUUCUUUCUUUCGCAAGAAAACCUCCGAGGAUCUGACCACGAAACCACCGCUUAGUGUGAACCAACGCAACACGAACACGGGAGAAGUGGUGCCGGGCCCCACACUUCAACAGCUCGGGUAUCGGAACAUAAACGACCUGCGGGAGACCAUCUACGAUUUCCUGCGAACGAUCCGAGAUCCAGAGAAACCAAACACACUCGAAGAUCUGAAGGUUGUCUAUGAGGAUGGCAUCUUCAUUACCGAGCCUGGGCCAGGGCAAGCAUUCGUGGUGCGGAUCGAGUUUAACCCGACCGUUCCGCACUGCUCUUUGGCCACACUGAUCGGUCUGUGCAUAAGAAUCAAGGUGCAGCGUAGCCUCAAUCAUCAUGUAAAGCUGGACAUCUACAUCAAGAAGGGCGCACAUGCUACGGAGGACGAAAUUAACAAGCAGAUCAAUGAUAAGGAACGAAUAGCGGCGGCGAUGGAGAAUCCCAACCUGAAACAAUUGGUAGAAAACUGCAUAAAAGAGGAAGAAUGAAAGACUGAAGUGGAAUGACUGGACAGUUGAACGUUUUUUAUACAAUUAAGAUCAU